CGUCGAUGGCUACAUUUUGGACCUAUGAUUAUGCUUGUUCACUUCACCAGGAGUGGACGUUCUUGCUUCAAUCGCGCUGGACUAAGGUGAAAGGUCUUUAUAUCGUUACACGAUUCGUGCCCUUUCUCCUCUUAAUCGGCCAUCUAUAUCUGAACUUCAUCCCGAAUGAGAACCCUGACGUAUGUGAACGUGCGGUGGACGGGCCGUAUCAACUACUUACUGCGUGACAUCGUCAGGAAUGCAAGAUGUUGGUCAAUAUUUCCUCAUGUUUCAGCCUAAUAUCGCUCUCUUGCUCUGAAUGCUUUUUUGUGCUCAGAACAUAUGCGCUCUGGAAGAACAAUAAAUUUGUGCUCGCAGCCAUGCUGACC